CGAUUUUUGACGUCACCAACCAAUGGUAAGAUGGCGGAAUGUCUUGUUUUGAUGUUUGGGAGAAAGAAAUGUUAGACCAAGUAAUUAGAAUAGGAAUAUGGAAACCGAGUAGUCCCGCAGCCGUAAAGAAUCAAAAUUCCAUCGACGGCUUCCAAUGUCCUGCGGGAACAACUGUCCAGCCAAUGCUGGAAACUGUCAGCCAAAUGCUAGCGAAAACAAUAACAAUGUGGUCGAUUUCGAAGGAUCCGAAAAUUCGAAACAAGUUGUAAGUUCCGAAGUGGAAAACCGGAUUGACGCGGAUAAGGAAUUAGAGUCUGUAAACACAGAAAAUUCAACAAAUACAUUUGAAACAAAAGCAAAUGAAUUCAAUUGUGCCAUUCUUUCGUGUUCUCCUUUUGCUAAGCCUUCCACAUCAUCUUCCACUAAAGACACAUCAACACUUAGUUCCUGUGGUCCAGUGUCGUGCGCAUGUAACAUUUCCUCUGCCCUUCCUUCGUGCAGGAUUAUUGAGGAGAACGUCUGUCAAAGUCAAUUAAAUAGGAUCGAAAAUAGCAAGGAUAUAGAAUGUGACAAACGAGAAAUAGAAAUAAAUAGUGAUCCUUUAUUACCUGGAUCCAGUCAUCCACUGCCCUCAGAUGAUCACAAUUAUGAUGUGCCAUCAACCACUAGUGACACCUUAUGUAGUCAAGGACAAAGUGCCAUUUUAUCUAGUACUACAGCUAGGACUACAAAUGAAACCAAAGAUAAUUCAAACAUCAAUACCAUUGCUUCCUCUGUAAGGAAAUUGUUGAGAGGAUCGUGCUCAAUGAACUCUGGCAUCAGGAAAUCUGUAUUGCCGUUGGAGGAUCCGCUCGAAAAACCGCAUAUGGAUAUUCUUGCCGACGAUAUGGGUUCUUCGAGCGAAACCAACGAAGAAGAAGAGUACAUGGAGGGAUUGGAUGAUAGUUUACAAGAAUGUCCUGUCGAUCAAAUAAGUAGUGAAGGAUAUGAUCAAGAUGUAAUGAUGGAUAUUAGUGCUCCGUUAACAGAAAAAUCAAUAAUGAAAAGAAAAUCAGAAGGAAAUAUUGACAGUAGAGGACAUUCUCCUGGUAAAAAACCUUGUACAACAGCUGAAAUUACAGGAUUAAAUGGCUGUACAAAUUUUGGUGAUGUGUCACAAGACAGUGGUAUUGUCGAACCUGAAGGGGAAGUUGAAGGUGGACAUAAUCAUAAAAAUAUUGAAACUCUACACACUGGAACUGUUAAAAAACGCUUAGGAACAAAAAUGAUUCCACCACCUGAAUUAGAUAUUUGGUUAACAACUUUUCAGUCAUGGACAAAUACAGAAAGACUUCUAGCAUUAAAUCAGUUAAUUGAAGUUUGUGAACCAACUCAGGUUCGACAUAUGAUGAAUGUCAUAGAACCACAAUUUCAACGUGAUUUUAUUUCAUUACUUCCAAAAGAGUUGGCCUUAUAUGUAUUAUCUUUUCUCGAACCACGUGAUUUACUUCGCGCAGCUCAAACUUGUCGUUACUGGAGAGUACUUGCAGAAGAUAAUUUGUUAUGGAGAGAGAAAUGUCGAGAAGCAGGUAUCGACGAUGUGAGGGAAGUAUUAGGAAGACGUAGGGCGAGAAGCAGCAGUAACAGUGGAACGACAGGAUGUAUUGGAAACAUUACUCCCUGUCCGUGGAAGGCAGCAUAUAUGAGACAUCACAAUAUUGAAAUGAAUUGGAGAUGCCGUCCGAUUCGACCACCAAAGGUAUUAAAAGGGCACGAUGAUCAUGUCAUCACUUGCCUACAAUUCUCGGGGAAUAGAAUAGUUAGUGGUUCCGAUGACAACACACUUAAAGUGUGGUCUGCCACAACCGGAAAGUGUUUGAGAACAUUAAUGGGUCACACAGGUGGAGUGUGGUCAUCUCAGAUGGCCGGCAACAUCAUCAUCAGCGGUUCCACUGAUCGCACACUGAAAGUCUGGAAUGCUGACACUGGACAGUGCAUUCACACGCUGUACGGUCACACUUCAACCGUGCGAUGCAUGCAUCUUCAUGGAAAUAAAGUGGUUAGUGGAUCGAGAGAUGCCACUUUGCGUGUCUGGGACAUCGAAACUGGUGAGUGUCUCCACGUGCUGGUCGGUCACGUGGCGGCUGUUAGGUGUGUCCAGUACAAUGGCAAAUUGGUGGUGAGUGGAGCUUAUGAUUACAUGGUCAAAGUAUGGAAUCCAGAACGAGAAGAAUGUCUGCAUACUCUUCAGGGGCAUACUAAUAGAGUUUAUUCUCUUCAGUUUGAUGGAAUACAUGUAGUCAGCGGUUCACUGGACACUUCGAUCAGAGUGUGGGACGUCGAAACGGGAGCCUGUAAACACACACUAAUGGGACACCAAUCUCUCACCUCCGGAAUGGAAUUGAGGAACAACAUACUCGUGUCGGGCAAUGCCGAUUCUACGGUUAAAGUAUGGGAUAUAUUAACUGGCCAGUGUCUUCAAACUCUCGCAGGUCCCCACAAACAUCAAAGUGCCGUUACCUGUCUGCAGUUUAACAAUAAAUUCGUCAUAACGUCGUCGGACGACGGCACCGUCAAACUGUGGGAUCUAAAAACGGGCGAGUUCAUCCGCAACCUGGUAGCUUUGGAAAGUGGCGGCAGCGGAGGGGUGGUCUGGAGGAUAAGGGCGUCUCCCACCAAACUGGUGUGUGCGGUCGGCAGCCGUAACGGAACGGAGGAGACCAAACUACUGGUUCUCGACUUCGACGUCGACUACAAAUGACCGACCAAUAGUGCCACGAGACUUUUUUUUCUAAAAAAGAAGAA